CAAACUUUUCAUUGCGAUUCCAAUGUCAUAAGCAUCAGUUUUUUAUUUCUCUCUCAAGAAUCUUCGAAACGCGCCGCUGUUGACGAUAUUAACUAUUUAUUUCGGUUCUAUAUAACUCGAGUGGAAUUAUUUGUGAAAUUCAGUGAAACAAUGGCAUCAGCAGCCGACGCGCGCGUUUCCCUUUGCGGUAAAUUGGGCCUAAAACCCAUAAAUGUCAACAACAUCAUGUUUUAUUAUGCGCCGAUUCAAGGAGUUAUCAGCUAUACUGCCCUUUCUGUGAAUGUUAUGAAUCCUUCUUUAAUUUUGAGGCUAUUUCCUCGAAGGGACAUUACAAAUGUGCUUCUUGCUCAUGCAUUUGUGGGCAGCAGUUUAUACUUAUACAAUCGACCACAUUUGAUGAACCUAUCUAAACAGGAACGCAUUUUAUACAGUGUUUUUGGAUCUGUCACAUUUUCAUUGGGAUCUGUCCUUAUUUGGGCAAUUUUAAGGAGUGUAGUGCCACAAAAUGUGGCCUUGUGCACAGUGUGUGGGGUGGGCUCAGGGUUGGCACUUUUGAAAAUUGGUCGAAAUUAUGUUGAACAUAUUGAUAGUCUUGCUGUAACUAAGAAACACUGAAGUAUACUUAUGUAUGAACUGUAACCAUUGAUAAAAUUGUUGUUUUGUUAUUUUGUAGAUAUUCAUACUAUCAAAUUAUCACUCAGUAUAAGUCUCAAGCAAUAAUUUUGUAGUUUUGUUUGAAAAUGUGGAAUGUUUGAUGUUUUUGACAUUAAAUAAUUGAAUAUAUAAUAUAA